CGUCGUCCAACACAAGCAACGAGCUCAACAUCUAUCCUCGCACUAGAGCAAAACAGAAGCUCAUCUCUAUCUCUUGCUUGCUUCACACAAUAUAAUAACAAAGAUCAUCUAGCUAGCUAGCAAUGACUCCCAUGGCGACCACCACCAAGUCCAAGAAUGCCCUGGUGCUCCUCUUCCUGGCUCUCCUCCCGCUCGCCACACUCUCCUCCCGCGCCGGCGGCCCGUCCAAGCACAAAAGCCAUGGCCCUGCUAAGCACCCAUCAUCGCCUCCUCCUCCUUCAUCUCCACCCUCAUCACCACCGGCACCAGCCGCCGCGCUGGUGCGCUCCACCUGCAACUCGACGGCAUACUACGACCUGUGCGUGUCCACACUGAGCAACGACCCGUCCAGCGCCACGGCGGCCGACGUGCGGGACCUCUCGGCCAUCGCCGUCUCGGCCGCCGCCGCCAACGCCUCGGGCGGCGCGGCCACGGCCUCCGCUCUGGCUGCCAACGUCUCCAACGCCACGGCGGGGCAGCAGGCGGCGCUGCUCCGCACCUGCGCCGCCAAGUACGGCCAGGCCCGGGACGCGCUGUGGGCGGCGAGGGGCUCCAUCGCGAGGCAGGACUACGACUCCGCGUCGGUGCAGGUGAGCGCCGCCGCGGAGUACCCGCAGGUGUGCAGGGUGCUGUUCCAGCGGCAGAGGCCCGGCGCCUACCCGCCGGAGCUGGCGGCCAGGGAGGCGGCGCUCCGGCAGCUUUGCACCGUCGCGCUAGACAUCAUCACGCUCCUCUCCAACAGCAGCACCUAGAAGAUCAUCCAUUAUUCCCAUGCAUGCAUAUUUAUCCUGUCCAUCAUGUUAAGUAGUGAUACCUUAAUUAUUAUAUUAUUACUUGAUUCCUUCAUGUACAAGAUCCCGACACAUGUAAUUAAUGACACACGCAUGUUUACGAUUUGGUCUUACAUAUAAGACGUUUAUUUGGGACAA